AUUAGUUUUGGAACGCAUCCAGUGUUAAAACACUCCCCUUUAGAAGAUAAAGUCCAAUUAAUGUCACUUUUCUUUGAGAACGUUUGAAUAAUGUCACAAUUAGGCCUGCCUCGGCACUUAAGAAAAACCUAUAACCUUUGGUAUAAUAAUUAUUUCGCAACUUCUGCUUAGACCAAAAUAAGGCUUAUCAAAUAAAAGGAAAAUAUAUUCACCUAAGCCAAACUCCGCUACAGAAAAUACAAGCAAAAGUUUUUGUUAUUGCUAACCGGAUACACUUGAACGAGAAUCAAGAGCGUGUGCAAUGAAACUUGACUGAAUUCUUUGACACGCGUCAGGGCGUCGUUUCUGUUACGCUGUUAUAUUUUCGUAAUUUAUUUAUCUCAGACAACAGGUUUAUUAGCGUAAACUCUGAACCAUACCUGACUCAGUCGAGUUUGGCAUUCUUGCGAGCUGAAACAGGGCUAAAGAGGCGUCCAAAAUGAAGUUCUCGUCCGUUUGGCUUUUUACCCUCGUUUUCACUUCAUUUCCAAUCUUAACGACAUCUCACUGGUGGUUUAUGUCUGAAGUGUUUGCAUUGGGUGCUAAAAUCAUGUGUAAUCACGACAUUGCUGGCUUGGUGAACUCUCAGCGACAGCUUUGCCGAGAGAAUCCUCAAGUUGUGGUUAGUAUUGGAAAAGGUGCGAAGCUUGGUGUAGAGGAAUGUCAACAACAAUUCAAGGACCACAGAUGGAAUUGUUCCACAAUGGCGCGCGAUGUUAGCGUGUUUGGAAAAGUUAUGAAGAAAGCCAGCCGGGAAAGUGCCUUUGUUUAUGCGAUAACCUCAGCUGGAGUUGUACACGAAGUCACCCGCGCGUGCAGUCGUGGCGAACUCAGAGAUUGUGAGUGUGACAAAAGUCGUAAAGGAACUAGCGAAAAAGGCUUCCAAUGGGGAGGAUGCAGUGACAACAUCGCCUACGGUCUGAAAUUUGCCAAGUUAUUUGUGGAUUCUGGAGAACGAGAGAGAGACGCAAGAGCAAAGAUGAAUCUUCACAAUAACCUGGCUGGACGGAGAGCCGUCAGACAUCAGACCACCCUUAAUUGUAUCUGUCAUGGUGUUUCUGGUGCAUGUCUCGUAAAAACCUGCUGGGUCACUAUGGCUUCUUUUGGUGUUGUGGGAAGCUAUCUUCGUGACAAAUAUCAAAAUGGCAUCCAUGUCACUGUGGACCAGAACGGCGACGAGCUCGUGGUGCCUGAAGGGAAGCAUCUGUCAAGGCCCGCACGUGACGACCUCGUGUUUUUGGAAGAGUCCCCGGAUUAUUGCGUUCCCAGCUCCAAUACCGGUUCGCUGGGCACGGCGGGAAGAGUUUGUUUAAAUUUCGACAAGACCAUGACUCGAACGGGACGCGGGAACUGCGGGACUCUGUGCUGCGGGCGCGGGUUCCACGCGAUUCAAAUCGAGGAGGAAUAUAAGUGUAGAUGCAAAUUCAAUUGGUGCUGCGACGUGAAGUGUAAAACUUGUAAGAGAACUGUCCAUAAGCACGUUUGUAAAUCGCAUGAGGAAUUUAUCGCUGCAAAGAACAACUCGGUUUCUGAGUUCACCGAGUUGUUUGUGCGGAACUUUGAAAGUUAUGAUCCAAACAGGGCUCCAGACAAAUCAAAGAAAGGAAAACUAGCUAAAAAGGCGCGCAGGAAUAGGAAGCGAGGAGCCUCAAACCACGAUAACAAUGAAGACAACUGAGCUGACAAAACCUUAGAUGACAGACUGAAGAGUGAUUUUCAUAUGGUUGUCCUCCCUUCUAGAAGGUGGGGAGGGAAGGGGGGGCUCCCAUAUAAAUAGGACGCGGGUGCUGAUCGGAAAUUUUGAAAAGAAACCCUAAGAGGUACCGAGAUCCUGUUUUAUGGGCGUGGCUUGAAAUUCUUUUCAUCCCUAUAGAGAGAUCCCAAUUCCGAAAAAAUAAGCAAUAAGUGACACCUCCAUUAUUUUUAAUAGCGAUAAAGAGGAUUUAUUUAAAUGCCCUCUAAAGGUAACGUUUACGAAAGCAUUGUCUUAAAUCUCUAUCCCGGUUAAUAUAAGUUGUUCGAUUCCUCAUACCCUGAAAGGUACCGUGAAAGCUCCUGUUGUGGGACCUUUUGAGGCUCAACUCCCUAAGAGUUACCAAACCCGCUUUUUUAACCCCUUAAAGGUACGACAAGCACUCCCGUCCUCUUUAUACGCCCCCUCCCAGGAUGGUUGCUACGAUCGCCGCGAUCUCUAGAACGGCUGAAGUAAAAAGCCCAGGAAUCGUUGCAGUCAUACGGAAACAACUCUUCAGCCGAUCGUCGCAAGACUACCAUCACAAAGAUAGACUUCAGAAGGUACUCUCCAGACAUUACAGCGAUCGAUGCGGCCAUGGCGGUGAUUUAUAUACCAGAAAACACUUCGUAAAUGUUUUGCCCAGGUCCUCUCGGGUGUUCAGGUUCUACUCUGUGACGAUCGCGGCGAUAGCUUUUCCCGUGACUGCAGCUAUCAUAUGAAAACUAGUCUUCACUUGAAAUGCAGAGGACAAAUGCCUGAGAUUACAUAAGGUAGCAAACGAAUAUUACAGCGUAACUUGGAUUACAUUUUUUGCAAAAGUAUAAAGUAAAAUAUAUUCACUUAAGUUGUCAUCCUAUGAAGGCAUUUUAUAA